AUGUGGGACAUGAAUGACGCUCGUGUUAUGUGCAAAUACCUGGGUUGUGGAGACGCUGUAUCUGCAUCAGAUGAUUCUCAGUUUGGGGCUGGCAACUGGCCUAUUCUUGACUUUGAAGUUCACUGCGACGGCUCCGAGGACGACCCCUGGAAAUGCGAAUUACAACUCUUGACACACACGAACUGUUCCAGGGGAACGAAAACAGCUGGUGUCGUUUGUUCAGGACACAAAGAGCCGAGGCUGGUUGGCGGAGCGGACAGCUGCUCUGGGAGGUUGGAGAUACUGUAUGGAGACACCUGGGGGACUGUGUGUGAUUCACAUUGGGACUUCAAGGACGCCCGUGUGGUUUGCACGUCGCUGAAAUGUGGGGACGUGAUAGCAGUACUCGGGGAGGCUUAUUUUGGCGAGGGCAGCGGCCCCAUAUGGCAGGAUGUUUAUGAAUGUCAGGGUAAUGAGGCCAUUCUCUGGGACUGCCUCACUACACCAAGAAAUCAACACAACUGCACGCACAGACAUGACGUCAGUGUCAUUUGUUCCGGACAGAAAGGACCGCGGUUAGUUGGUGGUAAUGGCACCUGCUCAGGAAGAGUGGAGAUUUUGCUGGGCAACACCUGGGGUACAGUUUGCGACGCCUCCUGGGAUUUACAGGAUGCGGCUGUAGUCUGCCACCAACUCGGAUGUGGGGCUGCAAUAUCAACGGGAGGAGGCGCAUUCUUCGGAGAGGGAAAUGGCUCGAUAUGGAACGAUAUAAAUGAAUGUAUCGGCAAUGAGUUGCGUUUGAGUGACUGCCCAGUGGCAUCCUGGGGGCACCACCAGUGCUCACACAAAAAUGAUGCUGGUGUCAUCUGUUCCGAUCAUAUUCAGGUAAGACUGGCGGAUGGUGGAAGUCGCUGUGCCGGAAGGGUGGAGCUUUACUACAACGGAACCUGGGGGACUGUGUGUGAUGACUCCUGGGAUUUAGCUGAAGCCCGUGUUGUAUGUAACCAGCUGAAGUGUGGACAGGCUCUAAAUGCAACGUUUUCUGGCUGGUUUGGCCCAGGAGCGGGGCCGAUCUGGUUUCAUAAUCUGACGUGUGCAGCGAAUGAUUCUGUUCUGUGGGAAUGUCCGGCGGGCCCGUGGGGUGAGAGCGAGUGCAAUCAUAAAGAAGAUGCUGGAGUUAUCUGCUCGGAGCACAGGGCUCUAAGGCUGCAGAAUGGACCGAGUCGCUGCCAGGGCAGAGUUGAAGUUCUGUAUAAUGCGACCUGGGGUACUGUUUGUGCCGAUUCAUUUGGAAUGGCGGAAGCAGAAGUGGUUUGUAAGCAGCUCAGCUGCGGAUCGGCUCGAUCUGUCGAUCGCGAUGUCAGAUUUGGAAGGGGCUUUGGACAGAUCUGGCUUGAUGAGGUGAACUGUCGUUUGCACGAUUCACUGUUAUGGCAAUGUCCAUCUUCACCAUGGGGUGAACAUAACUGUGACCACCUGGAGGAUGUAGGAGUCAUUUGUUCAGAAGUAAAUCCAAUGGAAAUACGUAAUGGAGACGAUAGAACUAAAAGCAAUAUGAGACCAGUUUCUGAUGAUGUCGAGUUGCGGCUGGCUGCAGGAUUCAAUAACUGUUCGGGAAGAAUAGAAAUCUUCUUCAAUGGUACGUGGGGAACGGUUUGCGAUGAUUCCUGGGACAGGCACGAUGCCGCUGUCGUCUGUAGACAUCUAAACUGUGGUGACCCAAUGUGGAUUCCGAAAGGGGCAUUAUUCGACCCAGCAAAGGGCACCAUUUGGAUAGAUGAAGUUAAAUGCAAGGGGAGUGAACGCUUCCUGUGGGACUGCCAAUUUUCAGUAAUGGGCGUUCAUGACUGUGAACAUAAAGAAGACGUCAAUGUGAAAUGUUCUGGCCACAAAAACAGACAAUAUUCUCCCACUGGAUUUCCUGUUUAUGAAGAGAUUGACUUUCGGGAGCUUGGCACAGGCCCAGAUUUCCAAUCUAACAGUUUACUGGACAAGCUGGAAUUUAAUACAGAUAGCGAUUUACAUGAAUGUGAAGAUAUAAAUCUGCAAGGUUCAGUAACUUCAUGUGAUGCUGAAUUCGGAAGAGAAUAUGAUGAUGUUCAGUAG